CGCAGUACGAGCUGUUUCCUGAGGAUCAUCUCCGGGUCAUAGGUCUACAACAUGGCUGCCAGUGUUUUCCAGCGUGUUUCACGCAUGUGAACGGCGUAUAAGCUUGAGUUUAACUUAAUAAUAACAUUGCGUGUGUAAAGAGGAAGGGCGUCUUUUCGCCUUAUUUUUAUACUUAUUCGUUGUCCAAAAUAGCAUGCGCUGCAUUUGAUAAUUGAGGUGUUUUACUCGAUAGCGCAUAGCAGCGUGUCGUAGUAUUUGUUGGACACUAACACUCGUGUCGACAACCCACUUGUGCGUGUUUUCUCCCCCGUUGGACAAAAUGGGCGAGUUUACCGUGCACCGGGUUCGAUUUUUUGACUACAUGCCCAGCGCUUUGAGAGCCAUGGCGUACAACCACCGCUCCGAGCGACUGGCUGUUGCCCGGACGGACAGUAGUGUGGAGAUCUUCAACUUCUCUGACAACUACUACCAAGAAAAGGUGAUUCCAGGACGGGAAGGUGGUAGCAUUGAGGCUUUGUGCUGGGUUGGGCUGCGCCUCUUCAGCGCUGGCUUGAGCGGAGAGAUCAUAGAGUAUGACUUGGAGAACUUGCAGCCCAAGUACACAGUGGAUGCCUAUGGCGGACCAAUCUGGGCAAUCAGUAGCGACAACAAGGAAACAAAGUUAGCGGUUGGGUGUGAAGAUGGGACGGUGAAGAUAUUUGAAAUACUGAAGGACAGGAUUCAGUUUCAAAGGAACUUUGAAAGGCAAAAAAGUCGUAUAAUGAGUCUUUCUUGGCACCACUCUGGCACACGUGUGGCUGCUGGCACAAUGAACAUGAUCAGAAUAUUUGAUGCUGAAACAGGUCACAGCGCACACAGAAUGCUGGUAGAAAGAGGUGUUGGGGCACCCAGGAAAAGCGAGGUGGUGGUUUGGGCUAUUAUCUUCUUAUCUAACCAAACCAUCAUCAGUGGUGAUUCUGCAGGAAAAGUCCAGAUGUGGGAUGGAAUCACAGGAACACUUGUCCAAACUCACCUAAUCACCAAGUUUGAUGUUCUUGCUCUUUCUGUAAGCCAGGAUGAGAGCAGUCUCAUCGCUGGGACGUCCGAGGGCACUGUGGUACAGUUCCAGUUUCUCUCCAGCAUCGCCGAUCAGCAGAACAAGGACUGGGUCCGAACUAGGACCUUUAAAAACCAUUCACAUGAUGUGAGGGCGCUGGCCCAUACUGACACUGCUGUUGUUUCUGGAGGUAUGGAUACACAGUUGGUAGUACGACCGCUGCUGGACAGAGUGGAGAAGAACACCAAAGAGUCAGCCCUUCAUAAAAUAUUGUUCCCACAUAGGAGUCUGGUGUGUUGUGCAAAGAAGUCGGGGCUUCUCCUCUUCCAGUUCCCAGAUCAUCUCGAGCUGUGGAGAUUAGGGGAGAGCGAAGGGCACGGGAAGCCAGGUGACAGUUUACCUUUGAAGAAAAAGCCAGAGAAACUUAUUCAUCUGAAGAGGAAGGGAGAAGAUAAUAUCUGGUGCAGUGCUCUGUCUCCCUGUGGAGAAUGGCUCGCAUUCUCCACCAUCUCCAGUGUUCGUCUCUAUAGGCUCCAGAUCCACAACGACGACAUCUGCAUGUCAAAGGUGUCUAAACUGCCCAAGAUCCUUCACAAUGCCCAGCAGCUCUGCUUUUCCUCGGACUCCUCCAAACUGUUUGCAUCCUGCAGCCACUCAUCAGUCAUUGUUGUUUCUCUCAGCCAAUCUGAGUGCAAAUAUGUUCAUACCCUCAAACCUAAGUCAGGCUCCAGACAACCAGUCCACCUGUUGUAUGCCAGUGACGAUGGAAAAUGGCUCGCGGCUGCCAACACAGGGGGUGAAGUGCACGUCUACAACCUUGAAAAGAUGAAGUGCCACUGCAAAGUGCCAGUGUACAGCUCCUGUCCCACCGCCAUGGCCAUCCACCCAGUCAGCCAGAACCUCGUCAUGGUGCACGCUGAUCAGCAGAUAUUUGAGUUCUCUCUAGAGCAAAAAGAGUACACUAGGUGGAGCCGCAAUCUGCAGAAACAUGGGUUGCACCCUCACUGGUUGAAGAGAGACACACCAGUCACCCACGUCGCCUUCAACCCUAAGAACCCGGCUCACAUCCUGCUACAUGACAUGUUUAUGUUCUGCAUCAUAGAUCAGAGUCAGCCCCUCCCUGACCCACAAUCUCAGCUCUCCAAUCAAAUGACACUUAAAAGUGUACCGGAGUGUGAGAGAAUCAAACACAGUCACGCAUUCAAGAUUUGCAAGACCUUUCAGCCACUCAUGUGUGCGACUCUCUUGGAUGAUCAGUCCCUGGUCGUAGUGGAACGUCCUCUUGAGGAAAUCCUGACUCAGCUACCUGCACCUGUACGACAGAAGAAGUUUGCCACAUAAGAUAAACAAACUCUCGGCAUGUCAGCCCUGAUGACAGAUUUCAGCAAAGGAGAGUUUAGUCAAUUGCGUAAUAGCUGGAGGUGGACCACGUCAUAACAUAUCUCUUUGUGGCCGCUAUGUAAAGACUGUUUUGAUAAAUAAAACAAAUAUUUACA